AUAUCUUGACAAUAUCAAGAAAUCCGGGAAACGGCAGUAGCCUUAAGUCUGAUGAGAGAGAAAAAUGUCUAUAUACUCGUUCCCGUACCCUCUUCAAAAUGGAGUAUGAAGUGAAAUGUUCAUUCACACAUUUUCUCUACCAGUCAAUCACAUCCUGUUGAUUCAGGUAAUGCCACUCAUUGCUCACUCUCUAUAACUUCGGCUUCUUCCUUCUUACUCUCCGCUCACCGGUGAUUUCCUCCUCUGUUCCUUGAUCUUGAGCGAAGCAACAGAGCUUGAACAGCGAACUACUCAGCUCGGCAUCUCUCCUGAAAUUCUUCAUAUUCGCGUCCUCUGAAUUGUGUCAUAUACUUGAACUUACGUACUUCUUUGGUUUCGAUUACUACUUCGUGGAAAUUAAAUUCGUGAAUCGCUGAUUUCAAGGAUCUCUGCCGUCUGAUUUAGUGAUUUCGCUCCCAAAAUACUCGGACAAUUGAUGCUUAAUGAUAAAUAGAAGAUUAAUAGUGAAUAGUUUGAGAAAUUGAAGAUGGGAUACGCGAUGUUCGAUCUUAACCUGAAUGUGGAGUCAACUGAGUCGACUCAGAACGAGGACUCGGUUGUGUUUCUCGAUAAGUAUCCUGAAGGUUCGGGGACCUCCAACUCUUCGGUCGUCAAUGCAGAGGCGUCAAGCAACGAAGACUCCUGCUCUACGCACGCCGCCGGCGACUUGUGCACCAUCAGCUUCGACAUCUUGAAAAUCGGAGCCGGAAGCGACGAAGCCGUGACGAAGGAGUUUUUUCCUGUGAGUAAGGGAGUUCGCGGAGGUUUUUUGAGUACUGAGAUGCAAGGACAGUACUCGUCGAGCUUUUCUAAGAGGAAUUGGAUCGAGCUUACCUUUGAGAGGGAUAGGGAAGGCGAGGUACCGGUGGUUCAGCAAGCAUCACAGCCGCCGAAGAAGAGCAGGAGGGGGCCUAAGUCACGGAGCUCGGAAUAUAGAGGCGUCACGUUCUACAGGAGGACCGGGAGAUGGGAAUCGCAUAUCUGGGAUUGCGGGAAACAAGUGUAUUUGGGAGGAUUUGACACUGCUCACGCUGCCGCAAGAGCCUAUGAUCGAGCUGCUAUCAAGUUCAGAGGUGUUGAUGCUGACAUCAAUUUCACUCUCACAGAUUACGACGAGGAUCUGAAACAGAUGAAAAAUCUGAGCAAGCAAGAGUUUGUGCAUACACUUCGACGCCAGAAUACUGGAUUUUUAAGAGGGAGCUCAAAAUAUCGAGUUUCAAACCCGCACAAGUGUGGCCAAUGGGAAGCCGGGAUGGGCCAGUUCCUUGGCAGAAAGGCUUAUGAGAACGCAGCCAUCAAAUUUAAUGGAAGGGAGGUAGUUACCAACUUUGAGCCCAGUACAUAUGAAGGGGAGAUGACAUCUGAGGCCAUUAAUGGAGCCACUGACCACCAUCUUGAUCUAAAUUUGGGAAUAUCCCCCCCUAUGGACUGUGGACCCAAGGAGGAGGGGCAUCUCCGGUUCCUUUCUGGCCCUUAUGGCAUACAUGGUGGAACUAGUUCAUGGAUGGGAAAACCAGCGACUGCCACUGCUGGCGAUCCACCUAUUAAAGGGGUUGCAAGGACAUUAUAUCACCCCAUGCUCCGUAAUGGUGUCUAUCCUAGCUUAUUCCCCAACGAGGAAAGAGCAACAGAGAAAGAACUCGAAUCAAAUUCACAAGGACAUCUCAAUUGGGCAUGGCAAAUGCCUGGUCAAGCCGGUGCUAACCCAAUGCCAUUGUUCUCUACUGCAGCAUCAUCAGGAUUCUCAUUCGCGGCUACCCCUCCCUCUGCUGCCAUUCUCCUUUAAAGCCUUCAAAUCUAACCGCAAAUAAUCCCUGUUACACCACACCGACUUCUGCUGCCAUGAACACCUCAAUUACAUUCUACCAGAUCAAGCCACCACAUUGGCCAUCCUAGUCUCUUUCCCCCAUACUGGAGCAGAGUUGGGCAACAGCAGUUCCCUUAAAAAUUCAAUUGUCCGAUUUAAAUGUUGAUUUGAUACACACAAAGAUUUGAUAUCUUACUGCUACUGACAUUGAUUGUCUGAAUACAACCAAAUGUCACCAGCUCUUGCAAGUAUUUUGUCUAAGCAAAUUGUAAAGCUACAUUGUCUUUGUUGAUGAAUGAUUUGUGUUUUUCUGGGAAACAAGGGAUAUUCCUUCAUGGAGUAUUCAUUCUCCACCUUUAUCAUGUAAUUGAAUUCAAUUGAAGUCAUGGUUAAGCAUUAGA